UCAACAAGCCCUCUAAAAUAUCAACCACAAACUCAGAUUUUUAUAGAUAUAAAAAUCCACAGUACCCAUGGCCCAGUCAUUUUCCUUCAUGAUCUUCAAUCAAAACACAAGCAGAAAAGAGGAAGUUUUGAACUAGUUUUUGUUCUUUCCAAAAUAACAAUUUACAAAUUAAGAAAAAAAAAAAAAAAGAAAGAAAGAAAGAAAUUUUUGGGAUAAAACCCAGUGGCUGAUUCUGUUUGAAGCACUGAAAAAAAAAAAAAAAAAAAAAUGGCUUCCCUUACUUCAAUUACCAGCUCAUACUCAAAUUCUUCUUCUUUACAUCCAAAUAUCCAACCCUCUCAUCAGCAGAAUCUUUAUUCUUCCCCAUGGUUGACAGUGGGAUCAUUUGGAUCCACAAAGAUGAGAUUUUCAUCGAGAAGCUUACCACAGGGCAUUAGAAUCUAUAGUGCAGCAACAAAACCAGCAAAAUCACCUGCUGAAGAAGACUGGAAGAUUAAAAGGGCAUAUUUACUAGAGAAAAGGGUAAGGAGUGUAGAUGUGAAGGAAGCUCUGAGGCUUCAGAAAGAAAACAACUUUGUCAUUCUUGAUGUGCGACCUGAAGCAGAAUUUAAAGAGGCUCAUCCACCAGGUGCCAUUAACAUACAAAUAUACAGGCUUAUAAAAGAAUGGACAGCAUGGGACAUAGCUCGUCGAGCUGCAUUUGCAUUUUUUGGCAUCUUUGCUGGGACAGAAGAAAACCCAGAAUUCAUACCAAGUGUGAAAUCAAAAUUAGAUAAAGAUGCAAAGAUAAUAGUGGCUUGCUCUGCUGGAGGUACAAUGAAACCAACCCAGAAUCUCCCUGAAGGUCAACAAUCAAGGUCUCUGAUAGCGGCCUACUUGCUGGUACUGAAUGGGUAUACCAAUGUGUUCCACUUAGAAGGAGGCCUAUACAGCUGGUUCAAAGAGGAUUUGCCAUCCGUUGCAGAAGACUGAAGUAUUGGUCUGAUGGUCUCAAAAAAACAAAAGGAGCCAAAAAUUUUUGUCCCUAACGAGAAUCCAAUGAAUUAUUUUAUUAUGAUUUAUGACCAACAUGUACAAUUCAUGAAGUAUCUGAUGUAAGUCUUAUAAAUUUAGAUUUCGAUAUUGGAACAUGAAUCUCCAUUUGGCACACAAAUUAUGAAUACACAGAAUAGCAGAAGAGAGUUUAUCAUUCAA